AUGUCAGAACAUAGCAGGAAUUCAGAUCAGGAAGAAAUCGACGGGGAGAUUGAUGAAGAUGAAAUCUUGGCCAACUUGUCCCCAGAAGAGCUCAAAGAACUACAGUCGGAAAUGGAGGUGAUGGCCCCUGACCCCAGGCUUCCUGUGGGUAUGAUUCAGAAGGAUCAGACCGACAAGCCACCAACAGGGAACUUCGACCAUAAAUCUCUCGUUGAUUAUAUGUAUUGGCAAAAGGCAUCCAGACGCAUGCUGGAAGACGAACGUGUUCCUGUCACCUUUGUGCCAACCAAGGAAAAAACUCAAGAACAGCAUGAAGCAAUAGACAGAAGCAAUAAAAAUAUUUCCCAGUAUUUAAAAGAAAAACUUAACAGUGAAAUCGCUGCACAUAAAAGAGAAUCACAGGGCAGUGACAAUGUCCAAGAAACAAAUGAUGAUGAUGAUGAAGAUAAUGAAGAUGAGGAGGAAGAUGAAGAAGAUGAUGCAGAAGAUGAAGGAAAAGAGGACAGUGAAGAGAGUGAUGAAACAAAAAGAGGAGAGGAAGGUGAAGUAAAGGAGCAAAUCAGAAAUGGUGAGAACACCUGCCAACAAGUAACUAGUAAAGUAACUGAAGAACAGAAAGGCAGACCAGAGGCUCAAGAAAAAACUGAGAAAAAAAUAUCGAAAUUAGAUCCCAAGAAGUUAGCUCUAGAUACCAGUUUUUUGAAGGUAAGUGCAAGGCCCUCCGGAAACCAAACCGACCUGGAUGGGAGCUUAAGGCGAGUGAGACAGAAUGACCCCGACAUGAAGGAACUCAACCUGAACAACAUUGAAAACAUCCCCAAAGAAAUGUUGCUGGACUUUGUCAAUGCAAUGAAGAAAAACAAACACAUCAAAACCUUCAGUUUAGCGAACGUGGGCGCGGAUGAGAAUGUAGCAUUCGCCUUGGCUAACAUGUUGCGUGAAAAUAGGAGCAUUACCACGCUCAACAUAGAGUCCAAUUUCAUCACAGGCAAGGGCAUUGUGGCCAUCAUGAGGUGUCUCCAGUUUAACGAGACACUCACCGAACUUCGGUUUCACAAUCAGAGACAUAUGCUGGGCCACCACGCUGAAAUGGAAAUCGCCAGGCUUUUGAAAGCGAACAACACGCUCCUGAAGAUGGGCUACCAUUUUGAGCUUCCGGGUCCCCGAAUGGUGGUAACCAAUCUGCUCACCAGGAAUCAGGAUAGACAAAGGCAGAAAAGGCAAGAAGAACAGAAACAGCAGCAGCUCAAAGAGCAGAGGAAGUUAAUAGCCAUGUUGGAGAACGGGCUGGGGCUGCCCCCUGGGAUGUGGGAGAUGCUGGGAGGACCAAUGCCGGAUUCCCGGACGCAGGAGUUCCUCCAGCCGCCUCCUCCUAGGCCUCCCAACUCCCAAGCAGUCCCCUUCAGUCGACAAAAUGAAGCGAUGAAAAAGCCAUCGCAGCCGCCGAAGUACAGGACGGACCCCGACUCCUUCCGCGUGGUGAAGCUGAAAAGGAUCCAGCGCAAAUCUCGGAUGCCAGAAGCCAGAGAGCCACCUGAGAAAACCAACCUGAAAGAUGUGAUCAAAACGCUCAAACCCGUGCCGAGAAAUAGGCCACCCCCGUUGGUGGAGAUUACCCCCAGAGAUCAGCUCUUGAACGACAUUCGUCACAGUAACAUCGCCUAUCUUAAACCUGUGCAGUUGCCGAAAGAACUGGCAUAAGAGGCAGCAGAAUAAUCAGGGGAAGGAGGAAGUGAUGUAAUGACUCUGGGAUUAGAACCUGAAGACUGCUUCAGCCGCUUACUUCUGGAUCCAGGUGGUGGAACUGGGAACAUUGCUA